UCUCCGAGCCUAUCUAAGCCGCCUACGAUAGGCAACCACAUGUCCAUGAUCGGCAUGGUCCUGCUCAUUGUCACCUCGGCGGCAACGGUCGCCGCACAGCCGUGGGAGGUCUGCGGCACCACCGGCAAGUACGCGGCCGGCAGCACCUACCAGGCCAACCUAGACCUCCUGUCCGCCGCGCUCCCGUCGAAUGCCUCCUCCACCGGCCUAUUCGCCAAGGGCUCUGCCGGCGCCGCCCCGGACGCAGUCCACGGCCUCGCGCUCUGCCGGGGUGACCUGAACGCCUCCGCCUGCCGCACCUGCGUCGCCGACGCGUUCCAGGGCGCGCGGCGGCGGUGCGCGCUCACCAAGGACGCGACCGUCUUCUACGACACGUGCCUCCUCCGCUUCUCCGACCAGGACUUCCUUGGCCUGGACUACUCCAACCGUUCCCAUGGUUUGGCCGUAGCUGUGGAUCGUCCGGUCAUGCCCACGGAAGCCACGUUGACCGGUUGGGACGGCUACAGCUCCAAUGCAUUCAUCGCCCAGCAGGUAAACAAGCUGCUCAACGGCACGGUACGGCAGCUCUUCAGCUCCACGACGACGGCGAAUCGCUACGCGGCAACCGGCCGACUGGGGGACAUCGAUGGCAGCAACACCAUCAUGCCGCUCUACGCCUACGCGCAGUGCGCGCCGGACUCGACAGAUGAUCUCUGCCAUUACUGCCUCCAGAAUUUCAGUGACCUGGCGAUGGCGAACAUCGGCAGACGGGCGGGACGGGUUCUUGGAUUGCGGUGUAAUCUGAGGUACGAGGAGUAUCAGUUCUACAGCCAUUUCACGUGGAUCAACGGCGACGGGACACUGAAUCCCGCCACGCCGCCACCAUCGCCGACACCGGAGCCAGCCCCGCUCCCGCCGACGCCGAUUGUUUUGCCGCCCACGCAUCGUCAACGCAAGAGUUAUACUAAGUGCCAAAACACAGGCCAGUUUCCUGAUGGGUUGGAAGUAGCAGUUAAGAGACUUGCUUCGCAUUCAAGGCAAGGUUUCACAGAGUUCAGAAAUGAAAUUCAACUCAUAGCCAAGCUGCAGCACACAAAUCUGGUCAGGCUCUUGGGUUGCUGCUACCAGGGAGAGGAGAGAAUACUAGUCUAUGAAUAUUUGCCCAAUAAAAGCUUGGACUUCUUCAUUUUUGACAAAACAAGAAGUGCUUUAAUAGAUUGGGGAAAACGCCUAGCGAUAGUAGAGGGGAUAGCUCAAGGACUUUUGUAUUUGCACAAGCACUCUCGGUUACGAGUGGUUCAUAGAGAUCUUAAAACAAGCAACAUUCUCUUGGACCGUGAAAUGAACCCAAAAAUUUCAGAUUUUGGGCUUGCAAAGACAUUUAGCACAGAUGAUAUAGAAGGCAACACAAGAAGGAUUGUUGGCACUUAUGGUUACAUGGCUCCUGAGUACGCAUCAGAGGGACUUUUCUCAAUCAAAUCUGACGUAUUCAGCUUUGGCGUGCUAACUCUUGAGAUCAUCAGUGGAGAAAGAACAUCAAGUUUCCAUCGAAAUGGGGAGUUCAUCAACCUUAUUGGUCAUGCAUGGAAGUUAUGGAAAGACGGAUUGUGGCUUCAACUCGUGGAUGCAUCACUAGUUGUUGCGUGCCACACAUCAUCGAUCAUGAGAUGCAUUAACAUCGCACUAUUGUGCGUGCAAGAGAAUGCGGCUGAGCGACCCACCAUGUCAGAUGUCGUAGCGAUGCUAAGCAGCGAGACUAUGGCCUUGCCUGAGCCUAAGCACCCUGCAUAUUUCCAUGUAAGGAUGAGAAAUGCAGAGGCGCCAGCAGCUGUUAUGCCAUCUAGUGUUAAUGAUAUCACAAUGUCUGCUCUAGACGGCAGAUAGCUUUCUAUUUUUUGCUCCAGAUCAUGUGACAAUUCAUGUAUGGCAUUUGUUUCUUCUAGAAAACUUAAACUGAGAGAGUAAAUAUGCUAGAGACGCUGCAUGCUUCAGGAUC